AACUAUGAUCAUGCACCUGUUUUCUUCGCAUAAACUUGUAAAAAUGAAAAUUUUAUUGAAGAAAGUUUAAUCAAACUUAUAAUAAUAAUAAUUAACAUAAUUAGUCUAGCGUUAAUAAUAAUAAUAAUUAACAUAAUUAGUCUAACGUUAAAAAGUAAAGGAAUAAAAUUCCAAUGCAACGCCAGUUUACACUUGAGACGAACAGAACCUAAAAAGAACCGCGCUUUUCAAGGCCUAUCUGCCAUGGCGGAUAUAUAACCUGAUAUAUCGGUGACUUGUGCGUCGAAAAAUGUGACAAAGGAAAAGCAGAAUAAAUAUUUAAUUACAAAAGUAGCGCGAGUUAGCGCUUAAUAAUCGAAUCGCAAUAUUGAAGCGAUUAACAGUUAUUACAAAUGUGAUUGUUGAAUGGAGUUCCGACAGUUACCAUUAGACAUUUACCGUAAACAAAGAACGUUGUUUGCAUCAUCAGACGGUUUUCUUGUGAUGUAUCAUUGGGUGCGUUCAGGAGACACAACGAUUGAAUAAUUAGUCAUCGUAAUUGGUCUAAAGUUAGGGAUCUGACAGUAAGAACCAAUAAUCACUGAUCAGCUAUGUUUUCUGAACGCAACCAUUGUCGUCAUUGCGAUAUUCCGGCUUGUUAAAACAAAGAUAAGAGAGUUUGCAAAUAAGGCAUCUAUGUUUAUAAAAUACCCGUUGAAGUACCUGGCUGUUUGCGCGUUGAUAGUUCAUGUUAACUAAUUUAACCUAUAUUCGGGACAUCUUAAACAACAAUGGAUAGCUCUGAUGAGGAAUUAUUUGAGGCAACGCCAAGCAGUAGCAAUUCAUCGAGGGAGACUGUACAUAGUGCGACAAAUUGCCAAUCUGAAAUAAAAGAUGUCUCAGUACAUCUUAUACGUUUACCACAGAUGAAUACACCAACAAAUUCAACAAUUAAAAAACGUAAAAUUCUUAAACUUCGUAAAAUAAGACAUAAUGCGUGGAAACAUGGAAAUAUUAAAAAGAGGCUUAGUAAAAAGAAAGCAAAUGUGUCUGAGACAAAGAAUUCGCAGAUAUUUUUAAACUACAAAACAGUCAAUGAUGUAAAAUCACCAGCUAAAACUACACCUACUACAUCACCAUCUAAAACUACACCUACUACAUCACCAUCUAAAACUAUACCUGCUACAUUGUUAAGAGAUUCUGUAGAUAAUUAUGUAUAUUCAAGUGAACAAAAUGAAGAAACAACGAUAUCAAGCAGUAGUUCUCCAGACUAUCAGAAUGAGCAGACAUUUGUGUCUUUAUCAUCUUCUGGAGGAUAUGAGACACCAAAUAGUCAAGUUUCAUUCGUCGAUGAUGCAUUUAAUAUCCAUACUUCAGCGCGUACUUUGCCAUAUGAUUGGAUUACAAGAAAAACAUUGGCUAGCAACAAACAAGAUGCAAUAUGUCAUAAUAUUUCAUUUCCAUUAUCGAAUUUAAGUGAGAGUGCAGAGCAGCCUUCAUGCAGUUAUAUGAGCAAUGGCCCACAUAAAUCCACUUUGCAUCAAAAUGAAGUGAAAAAAGAAGAAUUGCAUCAGAAUUAUGUAAAGAGAAAAGAAUCACAUCGAGAUGAAGCAGAGAGAGAAGAAUCACAUCAGGAUGGAGCAAAGAGGAAAGAAUUUUGUGAAGAUGAAGCAUGGAGAGAAGAAUUGGAUCAAGAUGAACCAAGGAGAAAAAAAUUUUCUUCAGAGGAAGCAAAGAAGCAUAACUUGUUUAAGAAAGAUAUUGCUAAGUAUGACAAGACACUCGAUGAUCUUCUGGUUAGAGCAGCCUCUUUUCGAGGACAACUGGCUAAAUGGGAGAUGAAGAAGAAAAGAAAAAUAUCUAGUGACGAAUCGUCUGACAACGACUUUCCCGUCGUUGUCAGGAAAAAGAGAAAAUACGCGGUAAUAACGUCAGACAUAUCUGACGACGAAGAGACAAUUGUAAGUAAGAACGUGAUCGAAGACGAUAGCCUAAGUUGUUCUAGCUCGUCCCACGAAACGGUGGACCGAAAAAGAUUGUCUAUAAUGAACAUACAUAAACGAACGAACAAACCGCAAGUCACUUUAACGAGACUAGAAUAUUCGGACGAUGUGGAUGUCGUCAAAUGGCGAGAAAACAAAGCGAACAACAUUUCGCGAAGCUCUACACCGAGUCGUGAAGCGGAAGAACAGUGGUCGGAUAUAACAAUCUUAAGCGACGAGCAAUCUUCAACGAGCAGUACGAGUUUACGAGAUAUCGAAAGUUUAACAACAUCGCAAGAUCAUGCGAAUGUCGUGGACAACACACACGAGAAUGAUCCGAACGCAGAGUUAAUCGUGCUGAGUGAUGACUCUUCGACAACGUCAGACGAUUGCCAAGUUUCCUCGAAAUUGGCAAAAGCUUUCGACGCAUGCAGCAGUAAUUAUGAUCCAAAGCAGCUAAACGUUACGUUAAAAUCGCCUCUUAGUUUAGAAGAGAAAUACAAACUGUUCAGAAAGCCUAAGGUCCUGCUGAUAGAGUUGGAAGCCUUAUACAGUUCUUGCAACAACAGCACAUAUUCGGCAAACGAAGUCGAAAAUUUAACGCGCCAGUACGUGAGAUCCGUGAUUAAAACCAGCUCCAUAUCUCGCAUACCACCGUUCACAUUUGUGCAGUCGGGAAUACAAGAGAAUGCGGGCACAAGUUUCGCGGAAGAGAACAAUACUGCUGUAGAAGUAUCGAAUGCUGAGUACCAAGUGUCAAGGAGCAGUUCAUCUGAAGACAAUCAAGCGUCGGCAGAUAGGAGCCACCAAAACAUCCCGUUUGUGAAUCCUAAACUUAUCCUGACUUUGAAAAAAUCGAGUCCUGUGAAAAAGAGUAAUUCGAGUCGGACACUGUUGGAAAUUUGGCAGAAUGCUUUCGGCUUGCAGAAAGUCACGAAAAAAACACCAGCUGAUAGUCAAUCCACUUCGACGGAAUUGACAUCGAAAUCCGCUUCGUCAAACUCAUUGCAAAAUUUGGCGGAUGCGGAAUGUGAGAGAACUGAUUUAUUGACUUCCACGUUUACGUCUUCCAAGAAGGAUAACGUAUCGAUCAUAUCUUCCGUGAAACUCUCUUCACCGAAGAAUCAAUCGUCGACUGUGGAUUCUAGUCGCCGUAACGGGAGCACCAAGGAAAAUGUCCGUAAGAUGCUAUUUGAUACUCGGCCCGAAGGUAGCGUUGUCACCAAAAGUCUUCGCGAUGGAGGUAUCGCGGUGGAGAACGUUACUGUUUCGGAAUCCUCGCCUAAAUCACACGAGGAAAUGUCAGAGUCGACAAAGUCACCUGAAAAAACGAGCGUUGAUAAGACGAAGUCGCCAAUAAAGUCGAUGAAGUCGUCAUCAAAGUCACCGUCGAAACCAUCGACGAAGUCGCCAUCGAAGUCGCUGGUAGAGUCAUCGUCGAAGCCAUCGACGAAGUCGCCGUCAAAGUCGCUGGUAGAGUCACCGGCGACGUUGAACUCUUCCGUGCAUCGCGCCGCUAAGUCAGGAAAGACUGCCGUCUUGAGUCAGGAAAAACAGCACAACUAUAUAUGCAUUAUAUGCAAAGCGUCGUACAACAACUAUUGUUUGCUACAGCAACACUUGACGAGCAAUCAUUGCCAAAAAAAGAUGAAAAAGAUGUUUGAGGAUCAGAGAAAUAAAUACGUGAAGCUCGAUCAUAAGUUUGACCAGACUAACGAUUCUUCCGACACCUCGCUCUUAUCGUCGUUGACGAAGCAGGGGACACUCAGCAAGCAGCUCUUGACACCUCAAUCGAAAUCGAGCAACAAGGGCGUUUCGCUCAUCAAAUCAAAGUCCGUAGAUCUGGGCAAGUGCAGCGAAGCAGGUACUAUUGAGAGCACCAACAGAUCACAGGACAUAGCCGGACAUUGUAUCGACGAACAGCAAGCAAAACCAACGGAAAACGACUCAACCAACAUCCCUUCUACAACGUCCAUCUUGCAGACUACGUUAGAGGAGGAUGUCGCAUCGAGUUCGGUACAGGCGGCGUGCCCUAUGGAUUUGCUACCACUGGCCACACACAUAGAUAGCAUCAACCCGUCCAAAAAGAUUCACGACAAAAGAAAGACGAAUGACGCUGCAACUUCUUCGCUUCUCGAGGAGUCGGCGCGCUUGCAACCCUGGUUCCCAAAACUGUCCAUUGUCUGCAAGUGUCACAAAAAUGAGAUUGUCAAUGGCGACUGCGUUCAGAUCGAGAUAGUGUUGCUGUGCACCGUCUGCCGGACGUUGUACCGGCGCUUUGACUGUUUCGAGGCGCACCUCAAGUGUCCAAAGAACAUAGCCUGCGUGAAGAAUCACAAACGCAGCCUGACUCGAAAGUCCAAAUUGUUCUGCAAUAGAUGCCAAGUGACAAUCCCUUCCUUGCGAAAUACGUAUAGACACUUGGCGAUGCACGCACAGCAGAAUCGCGACGCUAUGGCGAGCUUUCACUGCAAUAUCUGCAGAAUUAUCUUUUACGAGUUCGGCACGUUGUUCAAGAUGCACGCCCGUGAUCACUUCAGAAACCCGAUGUACUUGGCUAGCCGUCUAUCGUUCUCACGAUUCUCCUGCGUUGGUUUAAAGCUCGUCGAGGUAUCGAACGACGGCGAGCAACGAUCAAUGGAGACUUACUUGUUCGUAGCGGACCAGGUGUGUCGAAAAUGCAGAACUGCCUUCACCACGGAGUCGGCCUUGAAGGUGCACACGAGUAUCUGCCGAGGUGAUGUUGACGAUUCUAGAUCACCAAGUAAAAGAACGGCCUCCUUGAGCAGAUCUAAGACGAGGAUGCAGAUAUUGUUGAUAUGCGGGCUGUGUAAUGAGAAAUUUAGUCACGAGGGGAUCUUUAAUCUACACUCGUUGGAGCACAAACAGAAUCAGGAGUCGCAUUAUGUCGUCGCGAAUAUCACGGACAAUAACAGAGUCUAUAUAUGCAAGGUGUGCAUGACUGUAUGCAGGUCGUUGAAGAGAUUCGAAGAUCACUGGUUGACCCACGAGACGCUACAGGAGAACUAUGUAUGCGGUUGUUGCGGCAUCUACUUCAAUAGCAUCGAUCUAUUUCAAGAACACGCAGUCACGCACAUUAACAACGGUGAGAAACAACAGGAACCGAUCUCAUGCAAUAUCAUCUAUAACGAUUUCCGCAAUUGCCACGACUUCAAGGUGAAUCUACGCGCCAUCGUAGAUAAGAACGAUAUACCUUGCACGAAUAUAAGUCGCUUCGAGAAAAAGGACAAAACUAUGUGCGACAAUUCGCACGACUCGAAUGAAUUUAUGACGACCAGCGGGCAGACGUCGCCGAGAGUGGAAAAAGCGGCACCGUCGACAAGUAUUGGGGACGUUUCGCAAAUAUCGGAGCAUGUUCUCUUGCCGAGCACGACAGCUGCGCAAGGGGGCAAUGAAACCUCCGUGGAAGAUCACCCGAGCAAUGACACGACGGCCAAGAAUAGUCGCAAAGAUGUAGAGAACAUAGAGGAAGUCGAUAUACAGUUGAUGAUAGAUGUGUCGGAAAGCGAGGACAGUUCGACAUCGAGCAAGACCAAGGAUAAAAACGAUUUCCAGGUGAAGAUUCCAUCUUUCGUAAAAAUAGUCAAACGUAAAAAUAGUCAAACAAGACUCACGAUGUCCAGUGGAGAACUUCUCCAGGAUUUAGCCACGAAUAAUAAUCUCACAGAAAAUUCCCGCCAUGCGAACGACAAUUCAAGUUCAGUUGUUGAGGCUACUAACGCAGCAAGUACGACAAAUUCCGUGACGAGACAGAACACGAGUCCAAAUCAGAAAUCGACCGGUGACAAGGACAUGACCGGGAACUCGACGGCUUCACCAGGUGCAAUCAACAAUGACGCGAAUAUACGUCAGUUUGAUUCCACGGAUGCGUUGCCGAUGAACGCCAUGACCUCCGUGCCUACGAAAUUUCUGCGUGUUAGGUCUCUAACGGAGCUGAUUGAUCCUUUGAACAAGACGGCAUCUACGAAUGCUGUCAAAUGUCCUCAGCCUAAUUGUACUCAGUCAUUUGAAAACCCACAUACGUUAACGGAACACAAUUUAAUGCACCAUAACGAGCAGCAGUCUUCUACUCAACAACAGUCUGAGCGAAUGUCUUUGUCACCCAAUAUAUCAUGGCGGUUGAAAUCGGUGUUCGAUCCUUCGAUACCCGUACCGCCCUUGGUGCCCACAUCCUAUAAUCGUCCCAUAAUACCAACUGUGAGCAACGGUGUGUCGCAGUCGUCUUCUGCAAUAAAUGCCGUAAAGCCCAAAAAAUUUCAAGUAAUCGGUGUAAAGCCGCUACACAAAGUUAAGUGCUCUGUAACAAACAAGACAACUCUGAAGCAAAAACAACAGCAGCAGUUAAUGUUGCAGCACCUGCAACCGAACCCUCAACAACUGCAACAGCAGCAGCAACUGCAACUGCAACAGCAGCAGCAACUGCAACAGCAGCAGCAACUGCAACAGCAGCAGCAACUGCAACAGCAGCAACAGCAGCAACUGCAACAGCAGCAGUCAAAGCAACAGCAGCAGCAACAGCAGCAAUACGGCGUGAUAUUGACGUUGCCGCAGAAUACUGUAACACCUUCAACACAGAAACCGGUGGCGUACCAUCGAAACUUGCCAGCUCGUGUCGCCCAACCGAUACUAAGUAAUAGAGUGGCUCAACCAGUGGCUCAACAUCAAAUUGGUAGUACGGCAACGGUCUUACCUAUGGUACAGAACACUUACAUACAACAGCAGAAAGCACCGCCGCCGUACAUGGCGGUGGUUAAUCAGCAACCACCGCCGUUAUACUCAACUUUUUCCAUGCAGCAACAACAGCAGCUGCAACAGCAGCAGCAGGAGCAGCAGACAAAUGUUGGCGGUGAGAUAAUAUGCAGUGCAUAUUUGCCUGUGCAUUCCACGAACAGCGAGAACAGUGUGCCUUAUCAAUUUGUGAAUGUGAGCACGAUUGUGAAUAAUUCGAUGCCGGCGACGAACGUGACGGCGCCAGUAGCAGAGAAUAAUACGAUGCAAGGCAUAUACAUGAUGCAAGUGGGGAGGAAUCCUGACCGUUUCAUUUGUAUAUACUGUCCCGGCUUCGAGUGCAACACGGUUCAGGAGUUUAUGAUACAUGAACGCUCGCCGAAACACAUGGCCCGCAGCAAUUAUAACGACAUAUCUUACGAAGUAACAUCCAACUGACAUCACGAUAAAGCGACGAAGAUUGUAAAAAUGGCUUUCACCAAUCUCCGACUCAAUUGAGCGAUGGACAACAAACCGACAGGAAUUCUUAGUUAUAUGACUUGUCGUCCAGCAAUCACCGAGACUGCAGAAUUUUUGGCCGUUGUAGCGAACGUGUCUAUUUAUAUUCAGCAAGACGAUAGAUCGAUAGAUAAUUCUUGUGAGUGUGAUUGUUAACGAUUUGAAAUCGGCAAUUGAACCAAUCAGAGAUUGGUGAGAGCUGAGUAUCGAUGACAUUACAGCGACACGAGACUAGUCGUUUGAUGAGAAUUUUAUGAUAAAAUUAACACGGUGAUUUUACGAGUUAUUCCUACUUGAAGCAAUAUACGGACGACUCAGUAUUGAUUUUUCCGACGAGAUUAAACUUCACUUCUAGUUGAUAGAACACAUAUUCCGAUUUCAAGUUCCGAGAAUGUAUGACUAGGACAUGUUUUCAUGAGCUCUCGAUCCGACAUGUAUACUCGUUAGCCUUUUGUAUCGUAUAUUCUCAUUCGGAUUCGAUAUUUCGAAUUAGAAUUGAAUUUAAUUGAAUAGAAAUGAAUAGCUGAGUUCAGCAAAAGUCAGCGCUUAAGGUUCUUGCUUCCUCGCCGUGGAUAUCUUAUAAUGUCAAAAGCGAGAAAAUAGACGUUAGAAAUUUUUGUUGAAAUAAAAUUGCAUGCUUACAAAAUAAUUCUUGUAAUCGAUCGAGAAGACCCAUAAAAUAGUCCUAACAAAAGAAAAGUAUUUUAAGUCCGCUCGAUCUCUCGAUUGCAAGUGUAAUUUUAUGGAUAUAUCCUUUUGUUUCAAUGUACCUCGCAAGAAUGUUUAUCUUUUCGCUUCUGACGUCAUCAAUCAUGAACUCUGUGGCGAGAAGCCACGAGCCUUAAUGAUCAUUACUUUUCAAUAUUAUACUUUUCUAGGUUGAUCGAGGAUUUCACAAAACAUGCUCCUAUUACGGACGAUAAUCACUAGUCGCUUACCAAGCGUUAACUUCCGCUGAACGCAGCCAAUAGUUUUUGAUCAUCUUCUAUCGUGAUGGACAUCCAAUAUAUUAGAAUGUAAGUGCAGUAUUUCUAUUUUUUAUACAAAUCACAUGUCUUGUUAAGGAAACAUUAGUACUCAUACGUAGACGUUCGCUCUUACGACAUUUAUUCAACGCAACUGGGUCACCCAGCAAAUACAAUGACGUCUUCAACGUCAAUGAUACGUCAUUACCACGUUAUUAAAUCCUGUUAUUAAAGUAUAUGUGAUAUUAUGAAGCCUGACGUUUAUCAUCUUAGAGAAUCCAUUAAUUCCAUUAUAUAGAUAUAACAUGUUGGUUUGUUUCUUUAUUUCCUCGUACCGUCUACCGAAGAACCAAAGACAAAACUAUUGAUACGUGAUUUUUUUUAAAUUACAUCACCGUUCGCUGGAGAUCGCUCAUGUGGGUCUUGUUUUUGUCUAUUUAUUGACUGCUUGAAUUUAACUGUACUCAGUUAAUUGUUAUAAUUACACUAUUGUGAUUAUAUUUUACGAGGCUUUUAUAGUGUUAAUAUUUGGGUUAAGACUUAUUUUGGAAAUACAAAGGCAGAUAUCGAAAUACGAUACACGGGUGCAAAUAUUUAUAAAAUGUUGACGAAAUCUGUCGCGAAAAAACGAUGCAUUCUAAGUUUCUAGGUAUUGCAGUAUGGAAUUGAAUGAUAAUUUCUCGUCGCGUCUCGAGAUGAACAGCUAUUUCACGUGCAGAAUAACAGAUUGUACACUCUUUGGAUAUCUUGGAGAGAAGUCGCACUCGAAACGAUAGCGUGAAAAUACUGUCACUCGAGAUGAAUUCACAUCUCAUCUUUUACAUUUUAAACUUGAACUCAGAGUGGAUUCUUAACUCACGCAGAAUUAAAUCAGUUUUCCAGUCAAUCAGAUCGAAUUUUUUAUCUUUUAUUCUACUAACAUGUUGCAGUAGAGUGAUAUCAAUACGUAGCGUGAUGCGCCACUCUUCAGUUCCGCGGAAAACUACUUAACAAUUCAUAGACUGAAAGAAUUCACUCUGUGUAUGAAUGACAAGUCAUUUCGAGUAGAGUUUCACUCGAAGAAAUGCAGAAAAUAUGAAAAUGGCUUUUUUGAAAAAAAAAAAUAUUUUCAUAUAAAAAUAUUUUCAUAUUUUCUGCAUUUCUUUGAAUGAAACUCCACUUGAAGUGACGUUUUUUCUAAUAAAUUACCGCGAGUCAAUGUACAGCGACGUGUCUUUUCAUAGAAAGAGUGAAUGUUAGAUUUCAACCCUGAUAUCUUCGUCUUCGUAUUUGUAUUUACGUGUACAAAUUGUAUUUACGAGCGACAAUUUGCCAGCGAUCGUACUCGAAUGUAAGUAUCGAGGCAAAAUCGACGUCGAAAGAACAAGAUAUUACAACCAUUUUAUUGAAUCUCAAAUAUUGUGGUUCUCAAAACUUUUAAAAACGAGUUCAUAUUAUUUUAGAGGAUAUAGAGUUAUGAAAGAGUUGGACUAUACAUUAUUGACAGUCACUGGUUAUAUAUAUAUAUAUAUAUAUAUUUUUUUUUUAUAUAUUUUAUAUAUAUAUAUAUAUAUAUAUAAAAUAUUAUAAGCCUGACGUUAUAUAUACACACACACACACACACACACACACACACACACACACACACACACACACACACACAUAUAUCAUCUUAUUAAAUAAUAUCUUUUAUUGCGCAUAUGGUUUUUCGACAUGUUUGAUUUUAUGGAGAUAUUUAUUGUUCAAAAGCACUCGUUCAAUUCAUAAAUAGACUUAGUUUUAUCAAAUACAUACCUAUACAUUGAUUUCAAAUUGUUGAAAUGUUUAACAUAGUUGGCUAAAGGUGACAUUAACCGAAUUUCUAUGAUUGUUAGAAACGUUUGAAACUCCAUAUUCUCUUUCUUUUAGUAAUAAUCAGUAAAUAUGAGCAAAUGUUAAAGGUCCGUAUUCAUAAUCUGAUCUUCAGACAAUUAUAAAUGUAAGAUCGGAUUAUGCAAAUACUGCUCUUAGUGAAAUUAUUGUAUGCAGUUAUAGGAAACACACGUUCUAAUGCGUAUACAUUUUAUAUGCACGUAUAUACUGUUAUACUGCUUUCGUACUCACGCAGGAUGACUAAAUCUUAAAUCUUAGAAUCUAAAAAAUCUGUUGUUUUUUUAUAUUAGUGAAAAAUGUGUAAUGAAUAAAUUGAGAGAAUUAAAUAUUGUGGUCAACCAAUCCCCCUUCCAACUACAUAAUUUGUUCCUUACAUAUUUUCCUCUGAUAUAAAAAGCAACUAAGAUAUUUUAGAACAUAACAUUAAAUGACUUGUUUUGUACAUAUUGAAUUAUACUCUAGUAUAUUGUAGGUAACAUACAUGUAACGCGAUUUGUAUAAUUUACAUAUUUUUCUUAAUUAGCUUUUAAUAUAAUUAGCUUUUAAUUCCUGUAAAUAUAUAUGCGGAUUGAUGCCGCAUCUAUCGCUCUGUGAAGUCCGUAAUUGACAAUUACAAAAAAAAAAUAUUGUCUAAUUGCAGUCACUAAUCUCGAUCGGUGGCUGUUUUGUUCUGAUUGGUAGAAAAGUAAUUGACGAUCGCAAUUCAAUUUGCAAUUGUUAAUAUGAUUUGGUCUUAAGCCAAUCAGACUAGCGAUUGCCGAUUGACAAUUAACGAUUGACGAUUAGUUUUUAACCAAUUAAAGCAAAGCAGCUACUGGCUGUAUUACUCUGGUCAAAUACUAAUUGUCAAUUGACAAUCGCUAGUCUGAUUCGAGUUUUAGGCCUUUGGCUUCUCGCCGUCGCCGUCUUGAUUUACGACGUCAGAAGCGAGAAAAAACACGUUAAAAAUUCUUGCAAAAUAUUUAGAAACAAAAAGAUGUAUCCAUGAAAUGACCAUCGACCGAGCAGAUGUAUAAAACAGUCCAAGCACUUUUAUUCUAACAAUAAAUAAAUAAUUAAAAUUAAUGUGACAUGCAAUCUUUCUUUUUAAUCUACUUUUUCUUGUGACUUUAUUGCGUUAAUCUUACGGUUGUUUAUUGAUUGUUAGAGCAGAGGAAAAAUGUUAGGUCUAUUUUAUGGAUCUGAUCGAUCGUUUGCAAAUGUCAUUUUAUGAGUAUAUCUUUUUAUUUCAACGCAUUUCACAAGAAUUUUUAUUUCCUCGCCUCAGACGUCAUCAAUUAAGAGUUUCACGGCGACGAGCCAGGAGUCCUAGCGUAGAUUAAACACACGUUAUAAUUUUCUUUCACUUUAAGUUAUCGUUAAUUAAGCAAAAGUUAUAAGUCCCACAUCUUCUGACGAUUUUUCCAUGUUUUGUAAUUGUUACAUAAACUAGUUAUACUUUUCUUUCCAAAA